AUUUAUAUAAGUUUUAAAAAUCUCGCUUUAAAUUUUGAAAAAAAACUCUUUUCAGAGGUUGGUAACGAUAAAAACCAGUCUUAAUACACAAAGUAAAAUAUUUUCAAAAAGAACCAAUCGUAUUAUUUCAGUUCUAACGAAGCCGAAAGAACUUCGACUUGGUCCUCAAUUUGUUCUUCGAAAUUUAUUUCGUGAAAGAGAAUUUUUCUCAGUUUUUUUUUAUUUAUUACAAAACUUAAAUUACAUAUGAUUUAAAUUGCAUACGAUUAAGUAAGAAUGGCGGAUGAUCUUGAUGAUGGCGUGAUAGAGGUGCAAGUAAUCCCACAAGAUGAUAAUUGGGGUGAAACGAACACAAUAACAGAAACUGCAACAUCAGUAUGCACAGACUUGGAAGAUGUAGACAUGGGUUUGUUUGAUGAUGACGAUGUAGAACAUAGAAAUUUUUCCUGUUUGAACUUCAAACAAACAUUAUCUAUAAUUUUUUCCAUUGGGCUUGGAAUAUUUGCAAUUUUAUCUCCUAUUGCUUUUCUCGUCAUGCCUAAUUUAAUAAGCAAUUGGAAAACUGACUCUUGUGCAAUGACUUGUGGUGGUAUGUACAUUAGUAUCGGUGUAAAGGAGUUGGUAUUGUUAGUUGGAAUUUGGGCUCUUUACUUUCGCCCAACUAAAGCAUUCAUGCCCAGAAUUGAUGUUUUUAAGGUUGGAAUGUUGAGUAUUGGAUAUUUGGUUGUAACUUUGUUUUGGUUAUUUUAUGUUAUUCAAAUAUUUGGAAAAAAAUCGAGUGAUCUCUCUGGUAUUGUUUCUUUUGCAAUAUAUUUUAUUGAUUCAAUGCUAUUUUUACAUUAUUUGGCAUUACUAUUGAUGUGGAUUCGACACCAAGAGAAUAUUUACAAUGUAUCUGUUAUACGAAAUGUAGAUGGUUCAAGAAAGCACUAUAUGAUAGGUCAAUGUUCAAUUCAAAAAGCUGCUGUAAAUGUGUUAGAGAAAUACUAUAUUGAUUUUAACGAAUAUAAUCCAUACCUUCCACGUCCUACUUCUCGUUCUAAAAUCAACAAGUUUUCAAAUAUUAAAUUUUAUGAUUUAGAUAAUAAAAUGGAUAUGGGUAAUGGUAAAAAUUUUUCUCAGCAAGCAUCAAAAGCAGUAAUUGCAGCAGCAGCAUUAGGUCGAAGAAAAGAAGGUCGCAAUGAUCGCUUUUAUGAGGAGUUAGAAAUUGAUAGAAGGGUUAGAAAACGGAAAGCUCGCCUUGUGGCCGCAGCUGAGGAAGCAUUUGGUCACAUUGCGCGACUUAAUGCUUUUGACACUAGUAAAAAAGCCAAUGGUUCAAUGAAUCCUGAUGAAGCUGCUCAAGCAAUAUUUCCUACCCUAGCACGUCCACUGCAGAAAUAUUUACGUACAACUCGUCAACAGUUACAUUAUCCAUUGGAAUCUAUUAUGAAGCAUUUAGCUCACUGCAUAAUGUUUGACAUGUCAGCAAGAGCCUUUUUAGAACGUUACACAUGCGAUCAGCCUUGUGUGGGCUAUGUGAGUAGUAGUCAGUCUCAAGACUGGACCCUUAUAUCUGAUUUUGCUGCCACAAAGCAGCUAAGUGAUGGGAUGAUUUUUCAGUUACAACAAAAUGACAUUAGUUUAGUGGUUGUAGUAUCCAGGACUCCAAUUUUUAAAAUAAGUGAGCAUGCUUAUGAUAUAGAUACAAAUAGAUUUAUAUUACGUUUAAGCUCAGAAACGUCAGUAUGAUAUUUUAAAA